UUUUAACUUUUUUUCCCACAAUUCAUCAGUUACAAAUUUUCCAGCCACUUUUGGAACCGAGUUUCACAACUUUGAUAGGUUCAAAGUCCGAUUAAAUACGUAUCGCAGUUUCCUCCGAAAUACAUUUUAGACCGAGAUAUUCGUUCAUUCAACUACACCAGAGAGCAUCGAACUUAUCUACUGUGAUUCUUCCGACAAUUUUAUCGCGUAACAAGAUGAAAAGUGCCUUAUCAGUAGUGCUCCAAAAGUCUCCGAAAAUGCUGAAUCGGUCACCAAAUCUGCCCAUUGCAGUCAGCCAAACAGCUCGCACCCUCUGCUCCGCCCCAACGUCGACGUCUUACAGCUUCGAAACGCUCAAACUGUCGACCCCGAAACCGUUCGUGGUUCACGUGGAGCUGAAUCGGCCGGACCGGCUGAAUGCCUUCAACAAGCGCAUGUGGAUCGAGCUGGGCGAGUGCUUCAACCAGCUGCAUGGUGAUCCGGACUGCCGGGCAAUCGUGCUAUCCGGAGGUAAUGCAAAGCACUUCACUGCCGGGAUCGACCUGGUGGAUAUGUUGAAGCUGGGCCAGCAGCUCGGAGACAUCGAGGACAUUGGUCGCCGGGGUAGACUGUUUGAAGUGAUGAUCAAGCUGUACCAGGACUCGAUUAGUUCCCUGGAACGCUGCUACAAGCCGGUGAUUGCUGCUGUUCAUGGUGCUAGUGUGGGCGCAGGUGUGGACCUGAUAACUGCCGCUGAUAUUCGUUAUUGCACCCGAGACGCCUGGUUUCAGGUAAAGGAGGUGGAUAUUGGAAUGGCAGCGGACGUGGGAACUUUACAGCGCCUACCAAAAGUCAUUGGAAGUAUGAGUUUGGCUCGGGAACUCUGCUUCACUGCUAGGAAGUUCAAGGCCGAUGAAGCGCACAGUUGUGGCUUGGUUUCGGAAGUUUUCGCCAACCGCGAGGAUAUGAUUGGGAAGGCCGUUGCGUUGGCUGAGCAGAUUGCCAGCAAAAGCCCUAUUGCAGUUCAGGGAACUAAGAAAAAUAUGGUCUAUUCAUUGGAUCACACCAACCAGGAGGGUCUAGAUCAAAUCCGAGAGAUGAACAUGGUCAAUAUGCAAAGCGAAGAUUUUAUGAAUGCUGUUAUGGCUCAACAAUCAAAGGACGAGAUGCCAAUCUUUUCUAAAUUGUAAUUGAUCAAGCGCAUUAAGAGUAAAGUGUUUCUUUUUUUUAUAAUAAAAUCGGUAACCUAUGGGUA